GCCCGUGUACCCCUCUCCCUCUCCGUUUACACUCUCAAAACACAGCAACCCGAAAACUUAAAUUCCUCCACACCACCUGUGGAGAAACACACAACAGCUCCACCUCCACCGAGCGUCGACACUGUUCGUUCUUCUCCACUUUGAGGUGCUUCUCAAACCUCGGAGGGAAGCUCUCUGUCUUGGAGCGCUGCUGCAGGAUCUCCAAGGGUACGUGACCGCUCCCCUGUGACCUCUGACCCCAGCCGACCUUCUACUCCUCCCCAGCAGGCCCGACUGUCAUCCAUGGCGCUGGAGAAGCUCCUGCGUUUCGGGAAGCGGUUGCUGCGGGUGAAGGUGGUGAACUGUAACUCAGAUGACUCCCGCCUGUCGCGAUGCCUUAACACUUUUGACCUGGUGGCCCUGGGCGUGGGCAGCACACUGGGCGCCGGCGUCUACGUGCUAGCCGGGGCUGUUGCACGAGAGAAUUCGGGUCCUGCUAUCGUGCUGUCUUUCCUGAUAGCAGCCAUGGCCUCAGUGUUGGCCGGUCUAUGCUAUGCUGAGUUUGGAGCCCGUGUUCCCAAGACAGGUUCAGCUUAUCUGUACUCCUAUGUGACAGUAGGGGAGCUCUGGGCGUUCAUCACUGGAUGGAACCUCAUCCUCUCCUAUAUCAUCGGUACCUCCAGUGUGGCCCGUGCAUGGAGCGCCACCUUCGACGAGUUGGUAGGGAAGCGCAUAGAGCAGUUCUGUAGAGAGCACAUGUCUAUGAAUGCUCCGGGUAUAUUGGCAGAAUACCCCGACAUGUUUGCUGUUGUCAUCAUAUUCACCCUCACAGGUCUUCUGGCAUUCGGGGUGAAAGAGUCAGCCAUAGUGAACAAAGUUUUUACGUGUAUCAACGUCCUCGUCCUGUUGUUCAUGGUGGUCUCUGGGCUGGUCAAGGGUACCAUGAAGAAUUGGCAGAUCGACCCUGACGAGAUCCUUAAUGCCAAUUACACCAGUAACUCCAGUCUCAAUGUGACAGUUGUCCUGCCAACCAAAGAGAGAUUAGGAGCGGGCGGCUUCAUGCCAUUUGGGAUCACAGGCGUCCUCUCAGGAGCUGCCACCUGCUUCUACGCCUUUGUCGGGUUCGACUGCAUCGCCACCACAGGUGAGGAGGUGAAGAACCCCCAGAGAGCCAUCCCUAUCGGCAUCGUGUCCUCGCUGCUCAUCUGCUUCGUGGCGUACUUCGGUGUCUCCGCUGCCCUCACCCUCAUGAUGCCGUACUACCUGCUGGACAGCAACAGCCCUCUCCCUGUAGCGUUUAAAUACGUGGGCUGGGGAGGAGCCAAAUACGCUGUAGCUGUAGGCUCUCUGUGUGCUCUGUCGACCAGCCUGCUGGGUGCUAUGUUCCCUAUGCCCCGUGUGAUCUGGGCUAUGGCCGACGAUGGGCUGCUUUUCAAGUUCAUGGCCGAGAUCAGCCCCCGCACCAAAACCCCGUUAAUCGCAACCCUCACCUCGGGCAUAGGGGCAGCUAUCAUGGCCUUUCUGUUUGACCUGAAGGACCUGGUGGACCUGAUGUCCAUAGGGACGCUGCUGGCCUACACGUUAGUGGCGGCCUGUGUCUUGGUGCUCAGGUACCAGCCGGAGCAGCCUAGUAUGACGUAUGAGUUGGCCAGCACCCAGGAGGAGGUGGAGCAAAGUGACGGCAUCAGCAUUCCCAGUAUAGGCAUCCUGCCCGGUGUGGAGGAACGGUUCAGCGUCAAGACGAUGCUGUUCCCAGACAACCCAGAGCCAUCCGCCUUGUCGGGCUUCACCGUCAAUGUCUGCACCUCUGUCCUGGGAACGUUGAUCCUGGCGUUCAGUGUGCUGGCUGUGCAGGGAGGCUUCGCUGUGUGGAACAUCGUAGCCCUCACCUUCAUCUUUAUGGUGUGCCUCUCCAUCACCUUCAUCAUCAGGAGACAACCUGAGAGCAAGACCAAACUAUCUUUCAAGGUUCCAAUGCUGCCGUUCCUCCCGGUGAUCAGCAUGUUUGUGAACGUCUACCUGAUGAUGCAGCUGGACAGAGGCACUUGGAUACGGUUUUCAUUCUGGAUGGCCAUAGGUUUCGUGAUCUACUUCGGUUACGGCUACCGUAACAGCGCUGAGGCCGAGAUGGCCCGCUCGUCUCCAGACACGGAGAUGGUCGGCUUCAAGCUCAAUCACCAAUCGGAGGCCGCCUCGCAAGAGAAGGAGGCCUUCCUUCUGAACGGAAUCCUCGCCGGGGAGGAGCUUGAGGAUGAGGAGUUGUAGGAAGCAUCGGAACAUAUGUCAACCUGCCCUGACGCCCAGUCUGUCUGUGUAAGAGUAUUUUCUGAAAGGACAACUCCCAGCCCCUCACUGACGGUACUCUCAGUUGGGGAGAGUAAUGAUAAAAAUGACAGUUUGGCCUAAAAUUCACAGACGUGUAACGUUCCCCCUUCAACUGUCGGGUAGAGCGCAGGCGGCUGGUGAUAAAUGUAUCCUCCUAAAACAGAACAUUUAUGAACAUAACUUGUAUUAUUUCGGUUUGUGAGACUUGUUACUCCCUUGUGGUUGGCCCUGAGGUUUAGCUGCUGUCUGAAGCGGGUGGGUGGAGGGGUGGGGGGGGCUUCAUGCUGGAGACAGGACACAUGUUUCAGGGAGACUCAGAGAUACUGGGAAACCAGAAUAUCUCAUUGUCCUCAUGUUAGGGCUGCUUCUUCUUCGGAGAGUGCCUGGGUUACAUUUCUGGCAGCAGGACCACGUGCACAUGACAUUGCAGCUGUCGUCUUGUUGCCAGAGAGUUCUGCGGUGAUGGAUUGCAUUUAUCUGUUUGAGCACGACAGCUACUGCUCUGAAUCUACACGACUCUGGAACAUCUGAAACCACACGUCAGUAUUAAAUACAGAUUUGUACCAAUAACUGUUGAACCCGACACACUCUUAUGUAACUGGUGUAGAAGUGCUCCCAGCGGGGCAGCUUUCACAACACGCCCUGCAGCACACUCUGCUUGUCUGUGAUGUCAUUGCGCUCGUUCAGAGCAGCAGAACCGGGGCGGCAGGAAGCUGUAACUCACACUUCCCAUGUGUCCGACUUAAAGUCUGAAUGAUUGCGGUUGUACUUGCCGGCACUGGCAGCGUGUCGUGGUUAUACAGUGUGGUUUCAAAUCAGGCAAGAAGCAGUGGAGAACAUUAAAGUCAUGGGCGUCGCAGCACAUUUUGAUGCAGGAAUCGGUGUUGAAACUAAAUUUCCUAUGCAGAUACAGUGAGAGUAGGUGAUCCGGUCUUACGCCUCACAGGAAUAUUCUACAUUUUCAACAGAUAUCUGUUUCAAAUGCCCUUCACAGUGAUAGUUUUUUAAAUAGCCUCUUACUUGGUAAAUCUAUUACACUGAGUGAAAGUAUGGAAUCUGAUUUGUGAAUCCUGGUACAUGUUGAACAUCAGGUGCAGACAUUGGCGGUUGCUGAAUGCCAGUUGCUGCCAAGUCUCCCUAGAUCCCAGUGUGUCUUUCACAGUGCUGGCUGCUGUGUCUUUUAGCAUCUGUAGCCUAUAAAAAAAAAAAAAAAAAAACAGCCUGACUUUUCUUCUGAAAAUGUUUUAUUUGGACUAAUGUGUCUUUUUUAUUACCCGCUUUCUAAAAUAUUAUUUCCAGUGUUUUUCAGAUUAUGAAUCUGACUUGACUUCAUUUUUCAGUAAAAGCGUGUGAAGAAUCUGAUCAGGUAGAACUUAAUCACCCAUGUUCAGGUUUAUUGUCUAUUUUUUUGUUGCUGCUCUAUACAACUCAAGAUCUGUGAUCGGAUUUUAACAUGUAGUUCCCCUUUAAAAAACAAAAAAAAGAUGAAUCAAUCCCAUUAAACGCACAUAUAUUCAUCGAUUAACACAUUAUCAACAUAUCAGCAACGUGUCAACAUUGAUCUCAUUCGUUUCAACCUGUCAGUGCAUUUUGUCUUGUUUUUGGAAUCCUACACAAAGUUUUAAAUGUGAAAUCAUUUUAAUCAUGUGUAUAUAAAAUGUUGUGUAUAUUUCUUGCAGUAAAUUAUUUGUAUAUUAGGGAAAAGGAUUUUUUUUUGAUGACUUAUAGUCAUUUUUAUUGUCUUUGCAUGAUCAGUCUAACGAAAAGUGUUUAUGGUCAGAGUUGGUAAAAAAUAUUAAAUCACAGCCUUAACUUUCUUAGGAUCCGUGGCCUACAUGAGCAGUGACGCCUUUUUAAUGAAGCAGAGCGGUUAUCGUGUUUUUACCGCUUUCCUUUUUUUUUUCUGGAAUGUUUGUUAGACAGAUUAUACAAAAACUACUGGACGGAUUAUUACAUUGGAGUGUGAAUCUCUUUGGUGGAGCUGUCAAAGUGGAGCUGUCAAAGAAAUGAACUCUUCAUAGGACAACAGGACAACUAUUUACAACAACUCCAUCACUUCAUUUACACUCAACGGACAAUAACAGUUUAUAGUAUGUGUGCGUAUAUGACAGUUCCAGUUCAGAGGGAAUCAUGUGCUUCUUUGGUGAGCUUAUUCGUACAUGUCGUGCCAAACCUCAGUGUUUUUUACCCCUGACAGAAAUACUCAGUGUACGUACAUAUACUCUAUAAAUAGAUGAAGGGAAGGGGCUUCUUUCCGUCUCCUGUGAAGCUGCUUUAAAACUCUGACCUUAGCUCUCCCCUUUCGUACCGCAUGUCGGUGUCUGUGACCAGCUGCAUCCUGUUUUUUCAAGUGGUUGAAAUGAAAUCGUUUUCUCAGAAUUUUAAUUUUUUUUUAUGUCUUUUUAUUUUUUUUAGAUGUGUGUUGCCAUGUGUUUGAGAUCGUCGAAUUGUGAAAAAGAAAAUGUAAACCUUGCUGGAAUAGCACAAAAGCGGUUUGACUACUGGGGUCACAUCAGUGAAUUUAUCAUUGUUGUUUCUUGUUCUGUUCUUCAUCGUGUGUUCGGUUUUCCUUCUACACAUCAUGAUGGUGUCUUCCUUUGCUGCAUUAACGGCAACAUGGUCGACGAGACACAUACCUUGAUAUGACCUUGCCAGAUGUUUUAAAGACUGUUGAGCCUUUAGGUCAUUACACAGCGGCUUCCCCGGAAGAUCUUGAGAUGCACCUGAAAGCUGCAGAAAACAGAAGAAGUGGACUUUAGUUGAUACAGAGAAACUUAAAUAUCAAUAUCAAGUUUAGAUUUCCUAAAUGGUUAUUUUUCUUUGCUUGUCACAAUGUCUGUUUCUUUCUGUUACGGUUUGUAUGUUUCAUGCACAUCUCCCUGUAAAUAAAACGAGCCGAUAAAACAAAUCCA